UGGCAGCAUUGCAAAAGCUGAAAAGAUUUUUUUUCGUUCAUAAGACGUGAACAGCGAGUGUGACAGUGGUACUGGAUGGAAUGAAAUAAUUUCCGUGUGACCAAAAAAAAUUAUUAUAUUCAUAUAAUUCAAACUAUUUUCGACGAAUAUUUUUUCCGCAAUUAAAAAGUAACAGGAAAAGAAACUGUGUUCAAAAUCUACGUUUGUGAUAUACAUAGAUUGAAAAUAUCCAACCAUUUUUUUUUCAUUUGUUGAACACAAAGAGACAUUGUGUAAAUUACUUUCAUACAAACUGUGUACAUAUAUCUGAUAUAUUCGUGAAAUCAAUUUUCAUACGAAAUAAGAUAAAAAAAGAUAUUAAUUGUAUCAAAAAAAAAAAAAAAAAACUGAGUGACUUCAACGAUAUCAAAAACGGUGAAGUGCUACUAUUGAAAAAAUAGAGAAACGAACACUUUUAAGAGAACAUUUUUUUGUGUGAAAGCAAAUCUAUAGUACGCCGUGUGGUGAAUUUCCAUAAGAGGAACGGAACAAAAGAACAUUUGACGAAUUGAAUACAGCAACCUAUUAAUCAAGUCCACGAAAAGCAAAAAAAAAUUAACAUCCGAUUGGAUUAAUAUGAGUAAUGGAAGAAUUGAAAAUGAUGCAGGUCUAGAGCAGCAGGUUGCUGGUCUGGACUUGAAUGACUGCAAAGACUCGGACGAUCUUUGUGGUUCAAUCUCCGGUGAUCAAAAACGUUAUAUACCGCCCCAUUUGAGAGCAGCAGGUGGCGGUGGUGGUGGUAAUAAUAAUUCGUUCGAAGGCGAAGGAAAUAGCGGUGGAAAUCGUAAUCAACGCGAUAAUUAUCGCGAAGGGGGUUAUAAUCGUGACUAUAGGAACGAUAAUCGGAAUAACCGAAGAUACGGUGGACGUAAUAGUGAUCGCCAAGAGCGUGGUGAUUACAACAACUAUUCGCGUAACAAUCGCCGUGAGGAAUCUUAUCAGAACGGUGAAAAUUUCAAUAGCUAUGAUCGUCGAGGCGGUGAUGAAGGGUAUCGCGGAUACCGUAAUCAACAAUACCGUAAUGACCGUAAUGAUCCCCCCAUUCGCACAAAUGAUCGGUGGCAAGAGCCAGACAAGCAUGAUAAUCCGAAUCACGGAAACAAUCAACGAACCAUACCAAAAGGCGACAACAUUGACUACACGGUCUUGCUACCGCGCAAUGAAAGAUUGGAAACAGAAUUAUUCGGAACGGGUAAUACCGGUAUCAACUUUAACAAGUACGAAGACAUACCCGUGGAAGCGACUGGCAACCAAGUGCCACCAAAUAUUAAUUCGUUCGAUGACAUUCAGCUGACACCGAUUAUUCAGGCCAACGUUCAGAAUGCCCGCUAUGAUAAACCAACACCAGUACAAAAAUAUGCAAUCCCAAUUAUUUGCGCCGGACGAGAUUUAAUGGCUUGUGCUCAGACUGGAUCUGGAAAAACGGCCGCAUUUUUGGUGCCCAUCAUGAAUCAAAUGUUUGUGCGCGGUGUUGGCCAACCGCCACACACAAAUCGUCCAGGUUUGCGUCGCAAACAGUUUCCAUUGGGAUUGGUACUUGCACCGACUCGUGAAUUGGCCACACAAAUCUACGAAGAAGCGAAGAAAUUUGCAUAUCGAUCACGAAUGCGUCCGGCUGUUUUGUACGGUGGUAAUAAUACCGGCGAACAAAUGCGUGACUUGGACCAUGGAUGUCAUUUGAUUGUUGCAACUCCUGGCCGUUUAGAGGAUAUGAUCACCCGUGGCAAAGUUGGUUUGGACAAUAUUCGUUUCUUGGUAUUGGAUGAAGCUGACAGAAUGCUUGAUAUGGGCUUCGAGCCACAGAUUCGUCGUAUUGUUGAAAAGAGUUCCAUGCCACCGACUGGUGAGCGUCAAACGCUCAUGUUUUCGGCUACUUUCCCGAAAGCUAUUCAAGAGUUGGCCAGUGUGUUCUUGAACAAUUACAUUUUCUUGGCCGUUGGACGCGUUGGUUCAACUUCGGAAAAUAUUACACAAACAAUUCUAUGGGUGAAUGAGCAUGACAAACGUUCAUACCUGCUUGAUUUAUUGACAUCGAUCAAAGAGGGUAACAGUGAACUGGAAGGAGAUCAUUUGACAUUGAUUUUCGUUGAGACUAAGAAGGGUGCCGAUGAACUUGAAGAUUUCUUGUAUCGUUACGAUCAUCCAGUGACAAGCAUUCACGGUGAUCGUACGCAAAAAGAACGUGAAGAAGCUUUACGCUGUUUCCGUUCGGGAAUGUGUCCAAUUUUAGUUGCAACUGCAGUUGCUGCUCGUGGUUUAGAUAUUCCAAAUGUCAAGCAUGUCAUCAAUUUCGAUUUACCAUCCGAUGUUGAAGAAUAUGUACAUCGUAUUGGUCGUACCGGUCGUAUGGGUAACUUGGGUGUUGCAACCAGUUUCUUUAACGAUAAAAAUCGCUCAAUUUGCGCCGAUUUGGUUGAAUUGCUGAUCGAAACAAAACAAGAAUUGCCUGCUUUCUUGGAAGACAUAAUGCUUAGCGAACGUUCACACAGUGGAAGACGUGGUAAUCGCGCAGGUGGCCGAUACAAUGCCGUUUCACGCGAUUAUCGUACAUCGACCAAUCGAAAUCAAAAUCAAAAUCGUAACGGAAAUAGUGGAAGAGGCAAUUCAGGCGGAUAUAGCGGCAACCGAGGCAACUACUACGGUGGUGGUAGCGGCGGCGGCGGAGGCGGUGGCGGCGGUGGAAGCUACGGUGGAUCUUAUGGAGGUGGACAAAAUCAUUCCAGCGGACCAGACUGGUGGGCUGAUAACUAAAGAGCACUUUGCAAACACAAUUCGUUUGAACAUCUCUAUAUGAAGAAAUUCAAAAGAAAAAACAAUCUUCUAAACACAAAACCGAACCCAAGCUGUCAAAAUAAUUUACUAAACAAAACAAAAAUCCAUAAAUUCAAUGCAAUCGAAACUAUAAAAUUAGUUUCACUAAAUCAACAUUGCUUCAAAAUACAAAAUUUAUUUUCAUUUUACUAUCGAGAAGAAAAACAAAACAAAAGUACCGAUUUUGUAUGACAUUUUUAAAAAGAAAAAUCUUCAUAUAAAUGAAAGCAAAAAAAAAAUAUCAAAUUUGUUUUUCCGUAAAAAAAACUUUUCAACUAGUUUGGAUUAUGUUUGACUAACAAACUUACCAGAAAUAUUUAAUGAAAAAAAAACACACACACCCACAUCAAAAACAGAAUUUCUUGAUAAAUCAGCACGGAUUGCUGCAACAUCCACACUCUCUCAUACAUCAAUAAUUACAAAUCCAGUUGUUGAAUUUGAUUUGCUCACCAUUGAAUACGAUUUUUUCAUUUCAUAGUGGCAAAAAAUACGAUCAAGAUUUUUCUUUCAUAGAAAAGUACUCUUAAAUAUAUUAAUUUGAUAAGAAUCAAAAGUCAUGCAAAGUGACAUCCAUAUUACAUCUCCAUUCAAUCAACAAAUUUCAAAUUCGAAUCGAAGAUUCAUGCCAAUUGGCUUAAAACUUAGAAUUGUGGAUAAUUUACUGUAUGUGUUCUCACUCACUUGACUUUUGAUAAUAAUUAUUAGUAACAAUAAAAAAUAGCCUAAUUUAAUGAAGAAAUUAUCGCAAACUGAAUGAGAGUGAAAAAAAUGAAUAAACAAAAAACAGAAAAUAAAUUGAAUUUAAUGAAAAUUUAAUGCAAACACAAAUAGAAAUGUUAAAACAGCGAAUCGUACGCGUAAAAACUCAAUUUCUGACCGUCAACAUCAAAACAAAACACAUACAAGUGGGAAACAGUUUUCGGUUUUAAUUGGUUGCAGUUACAGCCUGGAUUCUAUUCACAGCCAAAAUGUCUAAUGAAUGAAAAAAAAAAAUGAAAGGGAAACGCUAACGAGGCAUGAUCUUAAACAAACUGUGUUUAAUAUACAGUGUUUAUAAGUGUGGAUCAUGUAAAAUGGAAUAAACACCGCAGUGUUAUUCUUCAACUUGUACGUUUCACAUUGUUUUUCUCUGCAAUUCUCAUAAAAUGCAAAUGGCAUUACGCCGAUUUGCCGUGAAGGCUGUCACAUUUUGAAUAAAAUUCUAUUUAAAGCUAAACAAUUCAAAACAGAUCAUGCCAUGAUCAUCUCUCAUUAGAUAGACGAAAAAUAACAUAGAUGAAGAAAAAAAUUAUAUUGAUGAGAUAAUUGUUUUGCAUAAUUGUUUUAUUGCGAUAAAAUUAAAAUAAUUACGAAUAGAUGCAACAAGUGACAGAGUAAAAAAGAAAUGAGAAAUGAAAAAGAAACAAAAGCAUUCAAAACAUAAAUGAUUUAAACUGUGAUAAAGGGCGAUUGUGCUUUUGCGUUGGAUACAGCAUGAAACACAAAUACAGACACACUCAUACACAUGAACAUAAACCAAUUAAACACACACCAACACAAAAUAUCAACUUAUUUAUGAAAAAAAAAGUGAAAUCUUCAUUUAAUAGGUAUCGUUAUUAAAUGAAAAUUAAAAUUGAUUUAAAUGAGAUAGGUAAACUAGUAAAUGAGCAACGGAACGAAAAUUAUACGAAGAAAAGAGAACAACAAUAAUUUAAAAAAAAACACGCAAUUCAUAGUAAAUUCUACCUUUAUUACGGAUUUUAGCAAUUAUGCAAGUUCUUAAGUCGCGAUUGAAUCCAUCGCAUUCACAUACACACACACUCAACAAUACUAAUUUGCGUAUGACAAACGCGCUUGUCAAACACUUCAAUGUGUCUUAAAUUGGAAAAUUUAAAUUCCCGAAUUGGAAACACUUAGCUCGGUGUAUCAAUAGAACGAUGUUUUGAAAACACAAAAUAUCUGGUAUUUGAAAAAGAGAACAAAUCAAAUCUACUUACACCAGAUGUAUGCAUGUACUGCAUAAUUUUAGGAAAUUUUUCUAUUUGAAAAUAAUAUAUAUUUCUUUUUUAAUUUUGUGGAAAAAAAAUUCAAGAGUUAUUCAUUAGUUUUAUUAAUUCAUAAAUGGCUGUUUGCUAUUUACGAAUGAAUGUAAACUAUACGAAAGGAAUAUCCUUUCACACGAAACAAGAAAUGGACAGUGUAUCAAUGUUACGUAGUCCUUUUGCUGCUUGCAAUCGAAAAUAUUGCGAAUUUUUCUCCUAAUUUCAAAUUCAUUUUUGAUCUCGACAAGAAAAUUACUGUAUGCGAACAAAUGAAGAAACGAUCGAAAAAUCGUCAACAUUUGACAAAAUACUCUCCAUAUAAUUUUUUUUCUAUUCCAAACUUCAUGAACAGUUUAAUUAGUUGAGGUAACUAAAUCUGGAUUCCAAUAUAUACUCAUCAAGCAUUAGUAUAUUAAGUGAAUCAUUCAAAUUAGCCCGGGGCUCAAUCACCGACACGAUAUUUUGAUGAAGAAAGACGAUUGCAUACACACUUCAAAGUGUUUGCUGUUCGCAAUACAGUAUAUUAUAUGAUUUAUCGUAAAUGAGCACACAGUCCAUUAUAAACAUUAUACCGUAUUCUAUUUAAAUGAAUUCUUACAAAUAUAAUUUAUUUAUAUAUUAUUUUUUUCCUUUAAUCCUUAUAAUGUUAAAAACGAACCCAGCGAUCACGACGAUGACGACGAAUAAUCUCAAAUUUCUUCAAUUUAGAAAAUUGAAACAAACAAAAAAAUUAAUUGUUCACAAAUGCAAACAAUUGUUCGAAUGAAAAUGUCGUCGCCAUAUGUGUGUGUGGGACGCAAAGAAUGUGAAAUGAAAACAAAAAAAAAUAUAUGCAGUACAAAAAAGUAGUUUUCAGACUAUAUUAAUCUGGCAAUUGGUUCAUUUAAAUAUUGACAAUUGAAUAUAAUGAAAAACAUAAAAGGAAAAUCAUCGUAGACCACCAUAUCCAGAAUAUUGUUUUUUUUUUAUCGCUGUCUCAUUCGAAUUUCAAAACAAAAAAAUUUGAAAAAAAAAAA